CAAUGUAAGAAAUGCAAAAGAAUUUCAUUCAUUAGAAUUGAUAUUACAGAUAUCAGAAGUGAAAAUUACAUUAUAGAGGAAUUUCUUGCCUCUACAAGAAUUAACAAUAAGAAUCUCCAUUCUAUUGCUAAUUAUAUGAAAAAGACAAUUCGUAGUCCAUUUGAGGUGCAUUCGUUUAUUCGUAAUAAUCUUCCAAUCAUAGGAAUAGAGUGGAUUCCAUAUUCUCAAAUUACGAAUUUAAAGAAAAUAGCGGAAGGAGGAUUCAGUAUUAUUUAUAAAGCGACUUGGGAGGGAACUGAUGUUGCUGUAAAAAAAUUGCGUGAUUCACAAAAUAUCAGUAAACAUUUUCUAAAUGAGCUAAGAUCACUUUAUCAAUGUAAAAAUUAUUGGGUAAUUGACUGUUAUGGCAUUACACAAGAUCCUAUAACAAAAGAAUAUAUGUUAAUAUUGCCCUAUGCAGAAGGUGGAAAUUUGCAUGAUUAUUUGCAAAAGAACUUUAUAAAUCUUAGAUGGGACGGCAAAUUGUUUAUUUUACAAGGAAUAUUAUUUGGACUCGAAAAUGUUCAUAAAAAUAAUUUUAUACAUCGAGAUAUUCAUAGUGGAAAUAUGUUAUUGUCAAAUACGGAUUGGAAAGUUGGAGACUUAGGAUUAUCACAACCUGCAAACAAUACAUUAUCAAAUAAUGAAAUAUAUGGAGUAAUACCUUACAUCGCACCAGAAAUAUUUAAAGGUGCUGCAUUUUCAAAAGAAUCUGAUAUAUAUAGUUUUGGUAUGAUUAUGUGGGAAGUUACAACAGGUUGCAAACCUUUUGCAAAUAUUGAACACAAUCUUGAACUUAUUUAUGAAAUUAUAGAUGGAAAACGCCCUGAAAUUACAAAUGAUACCCCUGAAUGUUUUGCAAAUUUAAUGAAAAAAUGUUGGGAUUCUGACCCUUUAAAAAGACCAACUAGAUAUGAAAUCAGGGAUUCUUUUAUCAAAAUGUAUGGAAACGAAAUACUUGAGCAAGCUGAAAAAAAAAGAUUGGAAUUAAUACAAUUAAAGCAACUUGGACCCGAAUUUAGUGAAAAAUCUCAUCCAAAAGCAAUUUAUACAAGUAGAGCAUUAAGUUCUUUAAUUUCAAAAGCUUCAACUAUAAAUUCUUCUUCAAUGAUCUCAUAUAAUGUUAAACAAGGUAUGAAGUUAUAA